CCAAGGUGUUGGCGGCGGCGGCGUGGACGCGCUCGCUCGCUCGUGCCCGCGCCCCCCACCCCCCGCCCGCUCCCCUCCGCUCUGCCCGGCUGCGCGGGUGGCGGCGGCUCGGCCAUGGCGGCGCCGGCGGAGCUGAGCGCGGAGCGGCUGCGGGCGCUGCCCGGCAGCUGGAGUUACGGGAUCAGCCAGGGCGGCCGCGUCUUCUUCAUCAACGAGGAGGCGAAGAGCACGACCUGGCUGCACCCGCUCACCGGAGAGGCCGUGAUCACCGGGCACCGCCGCAGCGCAGACUUGCCCACAGGUUGGGAGGAAGCUUAUACUUUUGAAGGUGCAAGAUAUUAUGUAAAGUCCCUGAUGACUGGAGAAAGGCAAACAGUACAGCCAUCUUCAAAACAAGCGAAAAAGAGAAUCCAAGGAACUACAAGCCUGGUCAGCUUCAGCUCAGUUUCUGGGAACAUUAUGCAGCAAAUUCUCAUAGAAACUGUUUCCAGAUCUGUGAAGGCUGCAAAGAGCCAGUGUGGGUUCAUCAAAGGAAAAUCAUACUUGACCAACUUGAUUGUCGUCAAUGAUGAAUGGCGCUUUGGUCAUAAUGAACGAAAAGUAACCUGCAAACAUCCAGUAACAGGACAGCCAUCCCAGGAUAACUGUAUUUUUGUUGUGAAUGAACAGACUGCUGCAGCUAUGACAUCUGAAGAAAAGAAAGAGCGACCAGUAAGCAUGAUAUGUGAAGCAACUAACUAUAAUUUGACAUCAGAUUAUGCUGCUCAUCCGAUGAGCCCUGUGGGCAGAACAUCACGAUCUUCAAAGAAGGUUCAUAAUUUUGGAAAGAGAUCAAACUCAAUAAAGAGGAAUCCUAAUGCACCUGUUGUCAGACGUGGCUGGCUCUACAAGCAGGACAGUACUGGAAUGAAGCUGUGGAAGAAACGGUGGUUUGUGCUCUCAGAUCUGUGUCUCUUCUAUUACAGAGAUGAGAAAGAAGAAGGAAUAUUGGGUAGCAUACUUCUACCCAGUUUUCAGAUAUCUGUUCUUUCUCCUGAGGACCAUAUUAACCGCAAAUACGCCUUUAAGGCAGCUCAUCCAAACAUGAGGACCUAUUAUUUCUGCACAGAUACAGGGAAGGAAAUGGAGUUGUGGAUGAAAGCCAUGACAGAUGCAGCACUUGUGCAGACAGAGCCUGUGAAAAGAGCAGAGAAGCUAACCACUGAAAACACACCACCUCGAGAAGCAAAUAAUAUUUCAAACCACCGGGUGCUAAUUAAACCAGAGACACAAAAUAACCAGAAAAACAAAGAAGUAAACAAAAAUGAAGAGAAGAAAGCUUUGGAAGCUGAAAAGUACGGAUUCCAGAAAGUUGGGCAAGACAAACCAUUAACAAAAAUUAACAGCGUAAAGCUAAAUCCUUUGGGGUCAGAAUACAGGACCUUACCCCCCAGCACAGUUCAGGCUGGACAGUUCAGGCCAGUUCAUUUAAACGGGUCUGAAAAUAAAGCUAUUGGCGUUGUCCUGGCAGACUCGGGAGAUGGAGGUCAGCACAAUGCAGUUCAGUCACAUAUGGAGUCAGAACGAGUCAUGCAGAGAACCAAUUCAAUGCUGCAGCUGGAACAGUGGAUUAAAAUACAAAGAGGAAAAGGGCAAGAAGAGGAAACAAGAGGUGUAAUCUCGUAUCAAACAUUACCAAGAAACAUGCCAAGCCAUCGACCUCAGGUUUUACCCCGGUACCCGGAAGGCUACAGAACACUGCCCAGGAACAGCAAAGCACGGCCAGAGAGCGUCUGCAGCAUAACACCGUCAGCUUACGACCGGACCAUGGGGCCUGCGACAGCUGAGGAGAAGCGAAGGUCAAUGCGUGACGACACAAUGUGGCAGCUCUAUGAAUGGCAGCAACGUCAGUUUUACAAUAAGCAAACAACUCUUACGAGACACAGUACGUUAAGUAGUCCCAAAACUAUGAUUAAUAUUUCUGAUCAAGCAAUGCAUUCAAUUCCCACCUCACCUUCUCAUGGUUCAAUAGCUGGUUUCCAAGGAUAUUCCCCACAGCGGACCUACAGAUCAGAAGUGUCUUCGCCAGUGCAAAGGGGAGAUGUAACUAUUGAUCGCAGACAUAGGACGCAUCACAUUAAGCAUGUCUUCAUGCCUGACAGAAGGUCAAUGCCAGCAGGUCUGAGUUUGCAGCCUAUUACUCCUCAGAGCCUCCAAGGCAAAACACCAGAGGAGCUCACGCUGCUGCUAAUAAAGCUGAGACGGCAGCAAGCUGAACUGAGUAGUAUCCGGGAACACACACUAGCACAGCUCAUGCAACUAAAACUUGAGGCCAGCAGCCCAAAGAAUGAGAUUCUUUCACAUCACCUCCAAAGGAAUGCCAUAUAUUUGGAUCAUCAGUUAACACAAGAAGAAUGUAGGGGUACACUAUACAAAUGUAGAACUGAAGAGCUGGAUAUUGAUGCUAAGCUUAGCCGUUUAUGUGAACAAGAUAAAGUUGUACAAGCAUUGGAAGAGAAGCUUCAACAGCUACACAAGGAGAAAUACACGCUUGAACAAGCUUUGCUAUCAGCAAGUCAAGAGAUAGAAAUGAAUGCAGAUAACCCAGCAGCCAUACAAAAUGUAGUUUUACAGAGAGAUGACUUGCAGAAUGGACUACUUAGCACCUGUCGAGAAGUAUCUCGAGCUACUGCAGAACUGGAAAGAGCUUGGAGGGAAUAUGACAAGUUAGAGUAUGAUGUAACAGUAACAAGGAACCAUAUGCAGGAGCAACUCGAUCGACUGGGAGAAAUUCAGACUGAGUCAGCAGGGAUACAGCGUGCUCAAAUUCAGAAGGAACUGUGGAGAAUUCAAGAUGUCAUGGAGGGUUUAAGUAAACAUAAACAACAAAGAAGCUCUUCAGAAGCAGGCAUGAUUGGAUCAAGGACCUUUUCAGCUAUUAAGUAUAAAAAUGAGGGUCCUGAUUAUAGGCUUUAUAAGAGUGAACCAGAGUUAACUACAGUAGCAGAAGUGGAUGAGUCUAAUGGUGAAGAAAAGACAGAACAAAUUUCAGAAUCAGAAUCUUCAGCUAAAGGCUCACAUUUUCCCGUGGGAGUUGUACCGCCUAGAACCAAAUCACCAACUCCAGAAUCCUCAACAAUAGCUUCUUAUGUCACUUUAAGGAAGAAUAAGAAGAUAGAUUUAAGAACGGAGAGACCAAGAAGUGCAGUGGAGCAGUUGUGUCUUGCAGAAAGCACUCGGCCUCGAAUGACUGUGGAGGAACAGAUGGAAAGAAUAAAAAGGCACCAACAAGCUUGCCUAAGAGAGAAGAGGAAAGGACUAAAUAUUAUUGGUGUUUCAGAGCAAUCUCCUUCACAGAGCCUGUCUUUUGUCAGAGAUAAUCCUUUUAAGUUGACACAGAGUCGAAAAAAGGAUGAUACUGUACCUAGUAACAUAGAGAGUGCCAUUAAAGAUAAUUUGAAACAAAAUAAUGAAAGUCCUGGAGAAGAAAUAGCACAACUCAAAGAUGAUGGGGCACAAGAACAUAAUUCAGAUUUUACUAAAGAGUUGACAAAAACUGAUGAUCUUUUAUUGGAUACACAUGUUGUGUCUGACUCAAAAGAAGUGAAUAAUGAAGAGAAAGCAGAAAAGGAAAAGAAAAAGAAAAAUAAAUUGGAAGAAACACAUGAUGGUGAUAUAAGCUUGCAGAAUGUGACCACAGUUACAAACCACAAAACUAAAACCCGUUCAGAAGAAAGUGAAAUAGUCAGCGUUCAAGAACAAGAGGGGAUUAUUUCUUCAUUUGAACUAGCAGCACAGUCUUCAAAAGGAAGUCAGACAACAGCAGUGAAAAGUUUGCCUUCUUCACCAGAAUCGUCAUUGUCACCAGCUCCAUCUACACAACCACAGCUCACAGAAGGAUCACAUUUCAUCACUAAUGGCUUCUGUUGAAACAAUUCAUGCCUGAGAUGUAUGGACCUGACCUAUGGAAAUAUGAGAAGAUAUUGUACAGUAUAUUUUAAAUCUAUGAAAUUCAUAGUUCUGAUGCUUUUGGCCACAGAGCAUCAUUUUAUCACUUCCUGGAAAAUGUUUAUUCCAAGAGAGCUUUAAAUGGCCCAUAUGUACACUCAGCAACGUUCAGAUUGUUCUCCUGAUAGCAGCUUGCUGCUAUGAUUUCUGUGCACAUAAAAUAAAGGUUCUUUUUAAUGUGCAGCCUACAGUCAGAACUUUAUUUGAUAUUUUCCUGUAUUUAGUGUUCUUUUAAUGAUGGAUCAUAUAAAUUUGCUUUUUGCUUCUUUUAGAUGCAUAAUAAAUCAGUUAAUUUUACAUAUCACCACUAAACCCUGUUUUACACUUUUUAACACUACUAUGUAUUGUUUUAACAUUUAUUUGUAAAAAUUUUUAUAUAUAUAAAUAUAUAUAUACAUAUAGAUAUAUUUAAAAUGUGCCAUUUUUAUUAUUGCUUAGUAAAAUAUGUCCUGUUUCUGCUGUAAUUAUUUCUUGGUCAGGUUGCGAUGUCAGCAGUUACUGCCACACUUCUGUCAACAUAUACAUUAAUGUUAGUGCUUUUUUUUCUUAAAUAAAAUGGAGCAUAGGUAUUUUGAGGUACUGGGCUUUUCCUUCGUUGGGUUAGGGUGUGUACAGCAAUAAGCAGGUUUUCAAUCCAGUACUUAGUUUGUGUACAAAUGUAAUUAUGUUCAUUGUGUAUAUAUUAUACAAUGAGCACAUCUGAUGUAAGUAUAAGAAGCUACUUAUUAUUGUUCAAAUGCAAAUGUUCAUAUCUCAUUUCUUUUAUAUCAUAUUAAAUAAAUGUUGAUGUUCUUAAGGACUUGUAUGGUUAGUAUUUUUUCCAGCCAACAGCUGUCAUGUGGUAUGUUCCACCUCUCAGUGCGGGGAAUGCAACAGUUCUUAUCUCACUGGCAACAUCACCAUCAACCAGCGUAGCAGUGACAGACUUUUAAGAGAUUCCAGUCUUCCUCUACGACAAAGAAUGAGGCUGCAACGUAGAACACAAAGACAACUUGAAACUGAGAUGCAAGAAAUACAGGUUCAGCUCCUGACUCUCCCAGACUUAUAUCGUGUCAUUGGAGUAAUCACUUAGUCAUUCUGUGCCUCCAUUGCCUGCCUAUUUACAUGAGCGGUAACAGCGAAUGCCAUGUUUAGUAGGGUUAAGGAGAGAAGUAUGAUGAUUCCUUGAGGCUUUGACAUCUGCAAAGCAUCUUCCAGGAACCAAAAGAAAACCUGAAAUAGUUUGUCAAGUGUCAUCGUGCUACAGAUGUUUAUAGCUUCAUUUUUCCAUCUCGCACAGCUGUCUGAAUUUGCCAGAGACCAAAGAGGUUUACAAAAGUGAUGAAAAAUAAUAAGAUUUAAAGGGAAAGCUUUUGAAUCUGGGAUAUAAAGAUAAGAAAUCUUUUAAAGAUUCAAGCGACUGCUGUGUGCUUUGGUGCAUGUGUGUGCCAUAAGUGGUAAGGAAAGUUUCAUAAGAAGAAGAGUGCCAGCUCUUCUUGUGCCUUUUUUCUUUUUUUUUUUUUUCCAUCAUAUAAAUCAUAUCCUGUUAAAGUUAAUCUGAAGGUACUGGAGACUACAUAAUUCAUUGAGCUUUUCCAUAGAGGAGCGCCUGGGUUUGACACGCAGUUUGAAAUUAACUCUUUAUCACUCUAUCCCUAUAAAGUAGGAGGUUUUGUUCCUCUUAUUCUUCUGCCACUCCCAGCUCUGCUCAGUUCUUCCUGGAGUACUUUGCCACGCAGAGACAUAAAGUACAUUUUUUGGUUUUCUUUGAAAAGGCAAGAAAUAGGAGGCUGACAGUUUGGCCAAAUAGUCUUUCCUCCUUUAUUGGAACAGUAGCCCCAGAGUAGUCCAUCCACACAUCCAAAACUGAGUGAGCACAAGGAGCUUGAUUUUUAUAGCUUAGCUAGCUAACGUUUACGUUCAGUGGCACCACUGAAAUACGUGGGGGAAAGCAAAGCAAAUAACAACACACCUUCUUCUCUCCUUAACCCUUAAAGAGAGAUCUGCUCAGCUGUCAAGCUUUGCAAUCUCUUCUUGUCCUUGCUGUCAAGAAAAGAUUUGCAAUCCAUUGAGGAAAGAAUGACUAAGUGGUUUUUGGACAUUUAUAGAACGUGUCUAUGUUUACAGGAGUUGCUGUUUUGGUAUACCUGCAAAGCAGGUACAGUUUAUACUGAGGUUGGGAGAGGGGAGAGGGAUUGUCAAGUUUUUGCUGGUAUAAUUGUUGGCAAAGACAGCAAACAUGAUUUACAGGAAUGUGGCAACACUCAUAGACUGUAUUUUCGCUUCCUGUGGGCACUUGCAGCAAAUAUCUGAAAUUUUAUUGGGUGCUCUCUCUUUUGUUUCUUACAGAAAAAAAAUGUAUUGCUUUGUGUUACCACAGAGCAUCCACUGUCUCUUACCUCAUCAGAAUAACUCAUCCCAGCGGUCAUGCACCUGAGAUAUAGAAAUAAGAGAAUGCUGAUACUGUCAGCUUUCAGGCAUCUAUUUUAAGUUUGUAUCUAGGGUAUUUUUAUAUUUCUGAUUGAUUGCUUUAUUGGCUAUUGCACUGACACUUGUAUAUACAGAACAUGCGCGUUUUUUCAAAAGUAGAGUCCUUAGGAAUAAUGCAACACGUUCUCUACAGAUGUUCAUGCUCUUCAGAACCAAUUACAUCUAUUUUUGUCUUUUGUUCACCAUUUGCAUUGUUCCAAGACUACUACAGAAUGUGAUUCUUAAGUCCCUUAAUAAAGUGACAUUACUCAAAAAAGUUA